CUGACAGAUCUGUCUUCUCUGCUUACAGUGAUUCAGUUAUGGAAGAGAACAUGGAGUCUGAUGAACUGUCAGCACUGGUAGAUGAGCUGGAGGAGGUCAGUACAGAGUUACAGGCCAUCGAGGUGCAGAUCCAGGAGCUGGUGGACAGGCAGCAGGAACUACUGCAGAGGAAGAACAGUCUGAAGAAGAAAAUCCAGAGAGUAUCAGAGGAUGCAGAAGCCGGGACCAGCUCUGAAUCUAAAGACGACUGGAACAAAGAAGACUUUGCCUGGUCGCAAAGGGUGAGUGAAGAGCUGCACAAUUCCUUCCAGCUGGACACCUUUCGGAACUUGCAGCUAGAAACCAUAAACGCCACAAUGGCCGGGAAAGACGUUUUCCUCAUAAUGCCGACCGGAGGUGGGAAGAGUCUGUGCUACCAGCUGCCGGCUGUGUGCUCAAAAGGUCUCACGCUGGUGAUCUGUCCACUUGUGUCCCUGAUGGAAGAUCAACUGAUGGUACUGGAGCGCCUGGGGGUCUCCGCCACCUCUCUCAACGCAGCAAGCAGUAAGGAACAUGUGAAGUGGGUGCACAGCGAGAUGAUUAACCGCAACUCAAAGCUGAAACUCAUCUAUGUCACACCGGAGAAAAUCGCCAAGAGCAAACUGUUCAUGUCGCGGCUGGAGAAGGCCUAUCAGGCAGGGCAGCUGGCGAGGAUCGCGGUAGAUGAGGUCCAUUGCUGCAGCCAGUGGGGACAUGACUUCCGACCAGACUACAAACUUCUGGGUAUCCUAAAGCGCCAGUUUCCCAACGCCCCUUUGAUUGGCCUGACCGCCACGGCAACCAGCCACGUAUUAAAGGAUGCCCAGAAAAUUCUUUGUGUUCAGAAGCCGAUCACCUUUACCGCUUCUUUCAAUAGACCCAACUUGUUCUAUGAGGUCCGGCUGAAGCCUUCGAGCACCAACGAAUUUAUAGACGACAUCGUCAAACUGGUCAACUGCCGAUAUAAAGGGCAGUCCGGUAUUAUAUACUGCUUUUCUCAGAAAGAUUCCGAACAAGUCACGAUCAGCCUACAGAAACUAGGAAUCCAAGCGGGAACGUAUCACUCCAACAUGGAACCGCGUGACAAGACAAAAGUCCACACUUACUGGACUGAGAAUAAGAUUCAGGUGGUGGUGGCAACAGUAGCAUUCGGGAUGGGGAUUGAUAAGUCAGAUGUGCGGUUUGUCAUUCAUCACUCGAUGAGUAAAUCAAUGGAGAAUUAUUACCAAGAGAGUGGACGGGCAGGUCGGGAUGACAGACGGGCCGACUGUAUAUUAUAUUACGGGUUUGGGGACAUUUUUCGGAUCAGCACGAUGGUUGUCAUGGAGAAUGUGGGUCAGCAGAAGCUCUAUGAGAUGGUUCGGUACUGCCAGGACCUCAGUAGGUGCAGACGUGUCGUGAUCGCUCAGCACUUUGAUGAAGUCUGGGACUCUGCGCAGUGCAAUAAGAUGUGCGAUAACUGCAAUGCCAUCAAGACCUAUGACAAAGCGGACAUCACGGAUUACUCCAGAGAUAUCCUGAAGAUCCUGGAACAUGCCGAUCAGAUGGACGAGAAGCUCACCCCACUGAAACUCAUUGACGCCUGGCUGGGAAAAGGAGCUUCCAAACUGCGCGUCUCCAAAGUCCUUCCCCCACGGCUCCUGCGUGGGGAAUUAGAGAGGAUCAUCACUCACCUCCUGCUGGAGAAAUAUAUACGGGAAGAUUUCAGCUUCACGGCGUACACCACCAUCUCCUACAUAAAGACGGGGCCCAAAGCCAAUCUGCUCAGGAGUGAGAAGCAUUCCAUUGCUACCCAGAUGAGGACACCGAACAAGAUAAAAUCUCCGCCUUCCUCAUCCAAAAUGUCCAUCAAGAGUUCGCCAGAGUCCUCCAAGUCCUGCGCUACGAAGGUGAGCUCGGAACACAAAAGGCCGCAUUCCGGGAACAGCUCAGGAGCCAAAACGAGCAAACGUGUGAAAGAGGAGUCCAUCGUAAUCGACUGAUCUUCAGGGAA